GUUUCGCGCGUUUAUCUUUUUCUUCUUAUUUCGCGCAUUAAGUUGGGUUUUGGUUUUAUUUUCUUGUUUGCUACGACAAUACGACUUGUGCAUUUUGAAAAGGAAAUAAAAAAUAAAUAAAAAUAAAAAAAGGAAAUAAAAAAGUGUGAGAGUUUCGCUUUAUAUUAUAAUUAUCGUCAAAGUGUGUUUCUCAUCACAUCUUUCUUCUUACUCCUCAUUGUGGAUUAUUAUUUAUUGGAUUUACUUCUACACGAUCAUCGUCAUUGCCGUCAUCAUCCUCAACGAACCGGAUUGAUUAUGAAAGGAUCCAUCGACUUUGAGGAUUUUUAUCACUAAUUCGAGGAGAUCAACUUGUUUUAUAAUGCAGAGACAAAAUUGGAAAGGCUUGGAGGUGGAGGUUGCGCUGAUGCGUCCUAUAAGCACGGCCGGCUAAUAGCCCGCAGCCCAUCCCCGACACCCUGCAGCCACACCAGGUAAUUUGCAUCAAAGUUUUCGAGAUAAACCCCGGCACACCUAUGCAUUCGUCAGGCUUCAUAGAUUAGCAGUUGGCGUGACAUGGAUGUGAGCUUCACGAACGUGUUGGAGGGGGCUCGUCAGUACUUCCAGGGACUGCCUCUACCCAGUACAGGCGCAAUACCGUUGGAGGAUCAAAAUCAUCCAACCUCGUCGACGAAUUCGGCAUCGUCGGCAUCCACGUCACACGAUCAUGGCGUGGGUUCCUCAUCGGUGGCUCAGCCACCACCACCGCCGUCCUCCUCGUCGACGUCGUCGGUGGUUAAUCAAGAAACAACACGUUACUCAAGUGACGUCGGUCAGUCCUCGUCUACCGAAAACGGAAGCUCGAGUUCCGGUACGUUUUGGAAUCCAUCGAUGGAACCGUAUCCACCGCAACCAACUAGGGUGGAGGUACCGGAUACCAGGCCCGGUGACGAAAGUUCCGAACCGAGUUCCUCCUCUCCUGGUACUGUAGUAACACUAACCGAGAUGCAACCCUCCUCCAGUCAUCGAUCCUCAGCGACAUCCAACUUUCAACAACAAAACCAAUCGUCCGUAUCUUCCGCGUCCACCGAUCAACAACAACACUCGUCCCAUCAGACGACAGCUACGACUACCUCGAGUUCACCUAGAUUACAUCAAUUGCAACCACCUAAAAAAGAUAUCUCUCCUGAACCUGUUUAUCAACAACUCAAUAGUAUCAGUAGGACGUCAUUUGCCACCGUGGAGAUUUUAGCGACAUCUCAUUCGACGUCGUCCCAUCCGAACUAUCAAUCCGCAAAUGACCGACAGUCUUCGCAAAGUGGAACGACCAUCGUCGCGCAAAGAACACAAUAUUAUCCAAGAUAUCAUCAUCCGGAUAUUACGAAGAGUGCACCGGCACCAUUCUCGCAAAAUUCCGUCUAUCAAUCUGCCAAUGUGGCGGUUACUACGGCUGGAAGCGUUCAACAACCGGCUACAAGGCCUACGCCGGUCGAACAGAAUAGUGUGUUGGUUCAUGGACAAGAUCAACAACGAGUGCCGAACCCUUCUUAUGGAUCUAGCGUACAAACUCCGCCGAGUGGAUCGACCGGUGGUGGUUACGUAUCGCCUCAAAAUUAUCGCGUAAGUGGGCAACUUCAGCAAACUCGGCCCGUUAAUCCGACGAUCGACGAACGAAUCAGGCCACCUCAAUAUGGUAUCGAAGGAACGAGUGCGCCUUCGUCGUCAUCCUCUUCCUCCUCCUCCUCCUCGAACUCUAACAACUCCUCUGCUGGCAACCCUUGCACUUCGGGAAAUCCUCCUUGCAAUCCGCGUCACGGAUCCAGUCACAUUCCUCCAUCGCCUCAGAAUCUUCCGGCGCACAUUCCUUCUCCGCAUCUUCCCUCCGCAGCUUCCUCCGUUCAUGGACAACACUCUCAGCAGCAGCAACAACAACAACAGCAGCAACAACAACAACAACAACAACAACAACAACAACAACAACAACAACAACAACAACUACAACAACAGCAACAACAACAACAACAACAACAACAACAACAACAUCAACAUCAUCAACAACAACAACAACAACAACAGCAGCUGCAAGGCCAACAACACCAUACUAGGAUAAAUCCUUCCCCUCACUCAGCUAAUCCAAACGUCUACACUGCUCGUACGAUUCUCUCGCAAAGCGGACCGUCGCCAUCCUCAUCGUCGUCUUCAUCGUCCAACCAUCCGCAACAGAUGAUACCUCCUACAGGCUUAAGCGGUUAUCAUCCGAUAGCUUCACCUCACGAGCCACCUCGUCACGCCACCCCGUCACCCCACAGACAAUCUCCUCACGUAUCGACGCUUCAUAAUCCUCACGCCUCCUCUCCUCAUCCUACACCCUCCCCUCACGCAGCCUUCCAACCGCAUUCGCCGACUUACCCACCUCCUCCACCACCAGCCAGGUCUACGCCACACUCCUACAGUGUGUCGGCGACCUCUCAACACUAUCAGAAUGCCGGAUACAAUACUAGUCCUUACGCGACACCACCUCAGUCUUCGUACCAUUCCUUUCAAAAGAGUCCGCAGCAGCCGCUGCCGCAGUCGCAUGGGAGCUACUUCACUGUAUCAAAUAGAUCUCACAACCAGUCAUACGUCCAAACAACACCGAUGGGAGCACCACCUCAACCAAUUUGUUCCGGUGUAACGAAUAGCAACAGUGAUUUGAACUAUCAACAGAAUAAACCGGUAAUGUACAAUGGUGCCGACACGAAAAGAAAUCCGGCGGAAAUCGCUGGAAAUUACGCUUCUUAUCGAACAUCCUCGACGGGCGUGCAAAGAAACAAUAAUACGCACAAUCUGCCACCGAUCGUCACCUUGUCCUCUUAUCAUUCCAACAAGAGAGAAUCGGGUAGUAAAGUGCAAUCGAUCCAACGACGAGUGCAUUCUAUCGGUUCAACGAACAAAGUCCCAGUCGCAACACCACCUAGCUCGGUUAUGGUUCUUCCCCAGAGGAUUCCAGAUUAUCCUUCGGUUCCUGCGCCGUUGAAUCAUACGAUACCGGUUAAUGGGAGAACAACUAGCUCGGUUAACUCUACCUAUUCCGGUAGAUACCCUAACCAGCAAAAUUAUCCAGCUUACGCGACCACCAUCGCACCCAGUCAUCACGGCAGUAAUUCCUCUAGUAACACUUCGGUGACAUCCAUCGGUGCCACGGUCCGAUCUUCCGUUCCAGUUCCUCCGGUACACGCCUAUCAGUCUUCCGACACAACCGCCCACUUGGGAUCUUAUCAUCAUACUGUCAGAACUGCAGAGAGUUACCCGUACAAGGAACAACCUUAUCAAAAUUCUACGGCACCGAUAAUACCUGCAGUCCCAGGUACACCAUUACCAGCACCACCACUACCGCAGACUAAUGGUAUAAGGAGAAGAGAAUCUCCUCUCGAUCUUUCUGUAAAAACCGUAAAGACUUCUGCGGAUUCAACGGCGCAAGAUGAUCUCGAGGCUUCUUCCACGGAGAAGCAUACGACUAAUUUGAAUCUAACACCAUCGUCUUCGAUGUCAUCCCUGUCGUCGACGACGUCGACAAUGUCGAGGAGUAGCAGCAGCAAUGCAAGAAGUAUGGCUCCACCAGCUGUUCAAACUUUAGCACCACCACCCGUGGCUGCUUACUCUAAUUACGAUAGUAGAGUAUCGACUCGUGGCGUCAGGAAUUCGUCCAUUCCUUCCGUAUGUCCUCGAACGUCCACUCCACAAACAGUUUGCGCACCAAAGGUCGACUUCUUACCGGAUUUCAAUUCGACUCCACUUAGGCAGCAUCACGCUCCGCCACAUGAUAGUCCCAUUCGUAGAAAUAUGGGUCAACAACUUUACGGGCCACCACCACCACCGCCCCAAGCACCGUUGCCCUCGCAAUAUACGAACAAUACUACUCCACUGCCUCAUAUAUCAACGUUCCAGAAGAGUUCACUGCCCGCAACGCCGAUAUACGGCGGCAGCCCAGCACCACCGCCGCCGUCUUCGUCGUCUUAUCUACCGGCCAAUGAUUCCUCGAGAUCUUCGUCUAGAUAUUCCGUGGCGGAUCCUCCAAAAAUGGGAUCGACUACCUUGCCUCCCAUGGGAGAGCAUCCUUCCGACUCUAUCAAGUAUUAUUUAGACUCGAGAAACAAAUUCAGUUCGCUGGUGCAGAAAGAUCAUCGUUCUACCACUAAAAGAUCCGGUGAAACUGUUUACCCUGGAACUGCACCGAAUAAGCAGCCUAGAUUGGAUACUUGGAGAAUAGCUAUCGAUAAACAAAUCGAACAAAAACUCUCGACAGUUAAGCCGCCCCAUGAGCAACAAAAAAGGCAAGAGGUGAAUUUGCCUGUUACCAUGCCUAAUGGUACUAUGAUAGCACCUAAUACUUACAAUCAACAGAGAGUAGACAAUUUUUUCAUGUCAGAGACGCCUUUGAGGUAUCAACAAGUUUACUGUGAUAAAAGGAAUUACUCAGAGCCGAAGAUGGCGCGUACCUCUCCUCCGUAUAAUCAUCAACCUAUCUCGAAAACAUCGAACGUGCACGCGUUACCGCAGCAAGUCAAUAGUCAGACUUCUUACUCAAAUUAUAGACAAAAUCAAAGAACCGCUUGUCCUCCGAUUAGUGCGAUGGCUUCACCUCCGGUCGAUCAGCCGAGUAACACGGGUGCGGAUAAACGUGUUUUGAGUUUACUAAGAAAUAGUCUUGAAAAUAAACAACAAAGGGAAGAACAAUUGAACAAUCUACAACCUAUUUUGGUGAAUCACAAUCAACAAAGCUUUCAGAAUAAGGUCGUCGCCCCUGUGGAGCCUAAAACGAAUAUAGGUAGACACAAUCUAUCACCGUUUACAGCGGCUAGUUUGUUGGAACGAAAUAGCAACACACCGCCGCAUUACAAGUUCCAUGUGCCGCGGGCCGUAGAUUCGAUCACUCAAGAGGCCCCCCGUAGUAUGUACGCUUCGCGAGUAAAUUCAUCCGCCACGCUACCUGGCAAGGAAGCUCUCUUGGGACCUCGGGGAGCCGAGAAUCAAAUUCACCGUGACAAGGAUGACGGGCUUGCGGCCAUAUUGGCCGCUAAAAUCAGGACGAAAGCGGAACUCAAACAGGUCGGCACCGAGCAGUUCUUGGCAAAACCCUUAGUUCCUUCGCAAGAUGUAUCUUCUACGCCAAAAGAACCCGAUAGCGCAGCAUCAACGUCAACUCCGCAAUCUGGUUCAUCCGCGGGAAGCCCUCCUAAAUUAACUCGUGAAAAAGCAGCUUGUCUUCCACCGAGAAGACGGUUGUUUUCGAAAACGGAAGAAGAGAAUAUGCCGGUCGCUGCGACAACAGUACCCGUGUCAACUCCAACGCCAGCAGUUGCCUCUACGGUACCACCACGUGCCAGUGGUUUUCGAAGUUCCUCCGAGACCUCGGUCUUUGACUUUAGAGAGAGCGAUUCUGAAGGUGAGAUGCCUGUGUUGGAGCGUCAAACCCUCGAGGAAAUGAGGAGUUACAGGAAGCAGUUGUCGAAGGUUCAACCACCUAUUCCUUUGAACGAUGCAGUGCAUAUGAAUAUUGCGUCGUCCAUAGAUCUCGUGAAAAUCGAACUUAAGGAAAACGACAAGAUCAACGAAGUGGAUCCAUUCUGGACGGUAACUUGUGACAAAUUUAUGGAACAAUUACGAGCCGGAGAUGCUGUGAAAAAACGUGGACGAAAAAGGAAACUCGAUGGACCCUCUUCGAAAAUAGAAGAUACUGGUAACGAUAGUAGCAAAGAAUCCGAUCUUAACAAUAGCGACUUAACUGCUGAUAUAAAGAUCAAAAUAGAAGACAUUAAAAAAGAGGUACAGGAUGUAGAAGCACUUGUCGUUGAGAAGAUCGACCCCGCGGAAAAUAACAAAGAUGAUGAGAAAAAGCCCAUUAUGAUGGAUAUACCACCAGUGAGUAAGGAAGAGAAGAAAGUUAUAGUUGAUUCAAAGGAAAAUGAAAGAAGACAGUCUGGAGAAGAUUCUGACGAAGUGCCAUUGAUCAAACGAGCAACGAAAAAGAAAUCGAAGAAGGAAGAUAGCGAUGGCGAGGAGGAAAUCAUUUGUAGGAAAAAGAGAGUACGACGUGGUAGUAGAAUCAAAUUAGCUUCAUCUAGUGGUAGUGAAUCGUCCAGCGAAGAAAGUGACGUUAGUACAGAAUACGGACAUGGUUCAACCGUUGCUGAUAGACUUCGAGCGAGAAAGAGAUCAGGUAAUAGCGGAGAAAACGAAGGCAUGAAGUUACGUUCGAGGGAUACAACACCUCAGAAGAAUAAAACAGAAAAAGAAACGAAAUCGUCUUCUUCCAAGGCCGUAUCUUCGUCUCGAAAAAUAAAACCUAAACCCUUGUUCGGUGAUGGUAGUGAUUUUAGACCAGGUUGGGAAGAAGAGGUGUAUGUUUAUAAAAAAUCUUUACGAAUGCCAACCAGACUAAUAACAGUCUCAAAACCUUCGAGAUUUCAUAGGUUAUCAACGUCCCUUCCUGAUUUGGAUCCUGGUUCACCAGCGUUAUCAGUGUCUAUGGAUAGUACUGACGUUUGUUUAGGUAGAAAGAGACUCGUUGAUAGUGACGUAGAAUCCGAAUAUAGUUACAGUAUUACUGGACUUGGUAGUAAGGUAGAUGACGAAGAAGCAACUUCCUCGACUACAAUAUCCUGUCCACCAAAAACAACGACGAAAAGUGGGAAAUUGGAAAACAAUUCUAUCGUAGAUGUACUUGCCCAAAGAGUUGGUACUGGUAAAAAGGAUUCGAAGAGAAAACAAAACAAGGACAAACAAGAGAAAGGAACAACGAAGAUCCUUCAAAAAAGUAACAACGAACCCGAACUCCUUCCAACGCCAAGUCUUAAUCCUCUUCUUGCGUCAGAAGCUCCGAAAAUACAGAAAGGCAAGUCGUCACUAGUUAAGAAUAAAUCUUUGAAACCGAUCAAAGUUUCGGAUUCCUUCCUUUUAGGAUAUUUCCGUAAAGAAACGGUUAAUAAUUUCCGCGAUACGUUCAAGAAUAAUCACGCGAUUCCGAACGAAUUUUCGACUUUCGUUUUGAACAGCAGAACGAGAACGGAAACGCGUGUUUUAAAAAAACAGACUACUAUCAGAGAAGUAUUCGGCGAAGAUAGGCCAGCUUCCGCUCCACCUAUGCAAAAUCAUGGUGACACUUCACAGGACGAUGAUUCACAAAACGAAACUGUAGAAAAUACGAUAGGAAAACCACGUACUUUGAAACAAAAGGUAGUGUCUCGAUUAAGAAACGCGGGAAUUUUAAGAAGUCACAAGGCAAUCGUCAAUUCGAAAAGACAUUUACUUAAAUCGAAGAGAAGAAAAGAUCUUUUUAAGUCUUUGACCGAAAAGAAGUUGAAGCGUGUUAAAAAGGAAACGGAAGUGGAAGUGGUGAAAGAAACGAACGAUAAUCAGGAAACUGAGAAUAACGAAAUAGAGGACGAAAAUAACGAGUCCGAGGUACCGAAUAACAAAAAGAAGUUAAAACUUCGAACCGGUAGGCGGAAAUUCCGUUCUGGAUUCGACUAUGUCAGAAAGAAAAAGAGACCAUUGAAAAAGGAUGACGCAGCACCUAAAGAACGAAAAAGACAGAUAUUGUCAAGACCAAGUCCGGAAUGUGUUGCGGACAUUCAAUCAGAGAUCAGGACGUGGGUCAUUAAAAAGGGUGUUGGAGAAACUAUUUUACAUCGUGCUGCUAGACUCGGUCACACGGAUGUGACAGCCUACUGUUUGGAGAAACUCAACAGUGCACCUAGUCCGAAAGACAACGCUGGGUAUACGCCACUUCACGAAGCAUGCUCGAGAGGUCACUUGCAAAUAGCUAAACUUUUGCUCGCUUACGGAGCGAAUGCAAGCGAAAGUGCAAACGGAGGAAUAAGACCACUUCACGAGGCUGCAGAAAGCGGUUCAACGGAGCUGGUGCGAUUACUUUUAUCAUACGGUGCGGAUCCUCUCCUAGCCACAUAUUCUGGACAAACACCAUUAAUGUUAGCAGUAGAAACUGAAGCUUAUACGAUCCUGGAACAACACUUGGACGACAUUCAAGGACGUACCAGUACGCCUUGGUCGUUCGGUGGACCUGCUUCGAUAUUUGAUCCCGAAGAAACUGGAUAUAACCCUUUAAGCGAUCCACCCAUGGACAGUCCAAAACCCGAGCUUGAGGAGAUAGAAAUGGAGGUGAGCGAUAUUAACCUACCAGUCCUGUUUUCUCUUGCCAACGAUUCGGACAAGUGGGUGCUCCUUCAAGAUUUAAUGGCAGCUCUCAGGAUAAAGAGUCGCGAUGCUCUCUUGCGUCAAGUUAAUCCUAAGGCCCAUACUGGACCACCUACUAUUGCUCAUCGUGACGUCAUGAGAGAAUUAAAACUUCCCGAUUUCUUAGAACAAUCACGAUGUUGUCAUUUGUUAAGUGGUGGAGAGAAGAUCAACGUGCGGGGAUCAAAGGUGACAUUGAUAAAGUACAACGAGAAGGUGAAGUCAUUGUUAAACGUCGAAAAGGUGCUAAUCAGUCUCAGGUGACAGGAACCACCACUGAGGGGAAGGGAAUCUCCUCAGGAAAAACCAUCCACAUCCUUUUCUUCUUCCUCAUCAUCAUCAUCGUCUUUGUCAUCUUCUUCUUCUUCUUCUUCUUCUUCUUCUUCUUCUUCUUUAUCCUUCUCUUCUACCUCCCAUUCCACCUCCUCCUUUCUCGCAAACAAAUAUAAUCCAACGAGAAAAAAUGAAAGCAAGACUUCCGACACAAAAGAGAUGAAAAAAAAUACCAACGGACGACCGAAGAUUCGUGGAUCUAAUUCCAAAGAAGCAACAACAGCACGUUCGUCGGAAGCACGUUGAAUACUAUUGAGCAGUACUCUAUUGACUCUAUUAAAUAAUAUUACAUGUGAUAUAUCGAUUUCAUAAGCCUCUUCUCUUUGAUCAAUCGAUAUUUGACGGGAGAGUGAGUAAUGCUGAAGGAACAACAAGAAAACAACACACCCAUUUGAGAUUAGAGUUAAUAUGGCGUGAAUAUUUUACGGAUAUACAUACAUAUAUUAUAUAUAUAUAACAAACAAGAUGACGAUUUGCAUAACGCGUUGCAAGAUCGAACUCUACAUAUUAUUAUAUAAGAUAUAUAGAAAUAAUAUAUGCGAUAUAAAACGUUUGAGAAAUGAUGAGCAGCAACAACAAAUUACGGCUACCUGUGACAUUGUAUUAGUAGUAUAUAUUUAUUGGGAUAUAUACGCGCGCGGGCGCGUUGCUGCGCGUAUAUGUCCAAAAUAGAACGAUCAUAUUUUAUUAACAGCCAGAUGAUGUUCGUGUAAAAAUGUUAGUCGAUUUUCGUAUAUCGGCUAAUUUACAUUGUGGUGGUCAUGUUAUUAUUAUUAUUAUUCUUUAUUUUAGGAACAAAAAUCAUUGUCGAUCGAUUUAAUUUUUUAAUUAAUUAACUAUAUUGUCCCCGUUGUGCUUAUACGAUUAGAAUUGAAUGUGUACUUAUAAUUAAAAGGAUGAGUGAAAGGAAAUGAAAA